AUGGCCGAUCCAGAAAGUGGCCGCACGAGGCCUUUCCUCGAUGCCACCACCACCGGCGACGACGACAAGGAGGACCCCAAGCUGUCCGACGAAACGACCGCUCGAGGACCGCGGCCGCCCUCGUCGCCCGGUCUGCUCGCGCGCCUCCGUCACCUGGAAGCCCGCAUGGACAAGAAGCUCGGCGUCGAGUCCAACGCCAUUGAGCGCAAGCGCGCCGAGGACCGCCAGCAGGCGGUGCCCUGGCACGAGCAGCUGUCCAUGGCGCUGCUGUGGGCGAGCGGCACCAUGAACACGUCGUGCUUUGCGACGGGCUUCCUCGGCCGCGGCUUCGGCCUGGACCUGCGCCAGACGCUCUUGAUUACCAUUCUGGUGUCGAUGCUCGGCGGGGCCGUCGUCGGCGCCGCGGCCACGUUUGGCGCCGCGACGGGCCUGCGCCAGAUGAGCGUCUCGCGCUUCUCGUUUGGCUGGUGGCCGAGCAAGGUCAUUGCCGUGCUCAACUGCAUCCAGCAGCUCGGCUGGGCCGCCGUGUCGUGCAUCACGGGCGGGCUGGCGCUGACGGCCGUCUCGGACGGCCGCGUGUCGCUCGUGCUGGGCAUCGUCAUCCUGGCCGUCGUCGCCUGGUUCAUCUCCGUUAUCGGCCUCAAUGCCAUUCUCGUCUACGAGCGCUACGCCUGGAUCAUCUUCUUUGUCAUCUUUCUCAUCAUCUUUGGCGAGACGGGCCGGUACGCGGAUAACACGACACCGGCGACGGCGACGGGCGCCAACUUGGCUGGUGGCGUCCUCAGCCUCAUCGCUGUUGUGUACGGCUCCAGCGCGUCCUGGGCCACCGUUGCGAGCGACUACUAUGUCCACUAUCAUGCCGACGUGAGCCGCGUCAAGGUCUUCUUCAUGACGGCGUUUGGCAUUGCCAUUCCCACGUCGAUUGGCAUGGUAGCGGGCUGCGUCGUCUCCUCGGCCCUCAAUGUUCGACCCGACUGGGACGCAGCGUACCAAAGGGGCCUGGGUUACGUGAUCCAGGAGUCCUUGUAUCCUCGCGGCUUCGCCAAGUUCCUCCUGACCCUUCUUGUGCUGUCCGGCAUCAACACCAACGUAAUCGGCAUUUAUAGCGCGGCGCUGUCGUUUCAGCAAAUCUCGCGCCCGUUUGCUCUCGUGCCGCGCUUUCUGUGGAUGCUCCUGUCGCUGGCCUGCAUCCUUGCGCUCGCCCUCGGCGGACGAGAAGAGCUGAACCAGUAUCUCCAGUCUUUUCUCUCCCUGCUCGGCUAUUGGUGCACGUCAUACAUUGUCAUCAUCCUGGAAGAGCACUACAUUUUUCGUAAAGCCAGAUUUGCCAGCUAUGAUCUGGACGGGUGGAAUACCCCAAGCCGGCUCCCCCACGGAAUCGGGGCAUCGGUGGCCUUUGGGCUGGGCGUCGUGGCCUGGUGCAUGGGCAUGAGCCAGACUUGGUUCAUCGGCCCCUUGGCCAGGCUCAUCGGAGACAACGGUGGCGACGUUGCCAAUGAAUUCACUUUUGUUGUGACGGCUUUGAGUUAUCUCCCGGCGCGUUACCUAGAGCUGAAGUACUUUGGCAAGAAAUUUCACUUUAUAAUCGCGGCCAUGGACAAGAUCGACCGAGUUCUUUACAAGUACGCUGCCGAGGGCCAUGAUACAAAGGACAAGGUCUACGGAGCUUCCUUUGUCGUAACGGACCGCAAUGGUGUCGUCUAUUCUGGUUCUUCCGGACGCAUAAGCGCGGAGACGUCGUCGGCGCCCUUUACAGACAAGUCGUUUAGUUGGGUUGCCUCUCUCACCAAGCUUCUCACAGCGACUGCGCUCCUUCAGCUGGUAGAGGAUGGCAAGCUCACGUUGGAUCAAGACCUGCGCCCAGUCGUGCCAUAUCUCGCCGAGGUGCAGAUCCUAGUCGACUUUGACGACAACGACAAGCCUGUGAUGGAAGAAAACAAGCACCCCAUCACGCUGCGCCAACUUCUCACACACACGGCUGGCUUUAGCUACGAGUUUGCCGACCCCUUGCUCCUCAAGUGGUCGCGCCAACAGAAGCGCCCGGUCUGGCGCAUGAGCUGGUCACGCGAGGAAGUGUCGACGCCGCUGCGCUUCGCCCCCGGCGAGUCCUGGGGCUACGGCGUCAACACGGACUGGGCCGGGCUGGUACUCGAGGCUGUGACGGGCCGCACGCUCAACGACUACAUGGGCGAGCACAUUUUCCGCCCGCUCGGCAUGAGCGACUCCGGGUUCCGCCGCGCGCAGCUCCCGCAGACGGCGCGCCGCACCGUCCGGGCAGCCGUGCGCAAUCCCAAGACGGGCGAGCUCGGCGACGCCUCGACGUGGGUGAUGCCGACGGACCACGAGGUCGACAGCGGCGGCGGCGGCCUGUUCACCACGGCGCACGACUAUGCCGCGUUCUUGCGCGGACUGCUUGCCGCAAAGGUGCUAAAGAGCGGGACGGUCCAGGAGAUGCUCAGGCCGCAGCUCGACGACGCCAAGGCUGGCUACCUCGAGGUCAUUGCUUUUCACCCCUCGGUGCACAACACGUUUGCGCCGGAAUUCACCGGCGGUCCGAUACCGCUCAAUCACGGCCUUGGCGGACUCGUUAACAUGGUGGACGUCCCUGGCAAGCGACGAGCGGGCAGCAUGGCCUGGAGCGGGAUGCACAACUGCCGAUGGUGGAUCGAUCCCAAAACGGGCAUUGCAGCGGUGCUGUUAGUCAAUAUUCGCCCCAAUGGUGACCCAGUGGUGGCAAAGUUGUACGACGAGUUGGAAUUGGCAACGUAUGAGGCGCUGGCUUCGUCAAAGAGCAAGAUGUAG